UGUCUCUGAUCGAGCCUUGAACGGUUGAACCCGGUCACCCCGAGCCCCCGUCUCCCCAAGCCUCAACCCCUAGCGCCGCCGCCCAAACCCUCCUCCCCCGAGCUCGCCGCCGCCGCCAUGAGGCCGCUCGACGAGAAGGAGACGACGCAGGUCUUCGAGAAGCUCUUCAAGUUCACGGGCCCCAACCUGAAGCACCUCCUGGAGCGUCCCGCCGUGGAGGGGCCCGACCCGGAGCCGGGCCGCUACUGCCUCCGCCUCCACAGGAACCGCGUCUACUACGCCUCCGAGGCGCUCGUGCGCCGCGCCACCGCCGUCGCCCGCCCGCGCCUCGCCGCCGUGGGCACCCCCAUCGGCAAGUUCACCCACCACGGCGCGUUCCACCUCACCGUCCACGCGCUCGACCUCCUGGCGGCGCACGCGCGCCGCCGCGUCUGGCUCAAGCCCGACACCGAGCGCUCCUUCCUCUUCGGGAACUCCGUGCCCAAGUCCUCCCUCGCCCGCAUCACCGAGAACACCAAGGCCGGCGACGGCGUCGUCGUCAUGUCCAUGGCCGACGUGCCGCUCGGCUUCGGCGUCGCCGCGAGGUCGGCGCAGGACUGCAGGAAAGCCGACACCAACGCCGUCGUCGUGCUGCACCAGGCUGACGCCGGGGAGUACCUCCGCAAGGAGGAGGAGCUCAUGUGAGGUGAUAUGCCUUGUGAUCAGUAUUCAGAAUUUCAUAUCUCCUGUAAGUUUUGGAGCUUUUCAGCUAGUGCAUGGAAAAGUGGAGAUGAAUAUUGCAGGUGGUCAAGUCUUGUCCUGAGGCAUACCUGGGCUCAUAAAUUUUGUCAUUCUGUAAUCUAUCAGUAUGCUUAUGGAAAGUUUCAUGUACAACUUUUAGAUUAGAUGAUCAACGUUAUAGUAUGGUCCAUGGACCACUUGCCCUGAAUGCAUGAAUCAAACUGUGUUGGGCUGUGGAGCUACAACGCUGAUCGACUUGUCUGCGCUGUUGAAAUAUCGCGAGCAAUUGCCUUGACGGUUCAGUGCUACUAUGUUGUUCAAAGAGCUGCUUUUACAGAGUGAAGUUGUUCGUGAUGAAUUUUGAA